CGGUGACGUCGGGCUCCCGUCCGAUUCCCGCAGUCAGCUGAGAGAGAUAGGGAGAGCACAUCCUUUAGAAACAGCAAAACCGAGCUGAGAGAGAGAGAGAGAGGGGGAGAGAAAAAAAAACUCACAGACGAAUAAUCGAGAGGCAUCAUGGCACCCAUCGGACUGAAGGCUGUGGUCGGCGAGAAGAUCAUGAACGAUGUCAUCAAGAAGGUCAAGAAGAAGGGAGAAUGGAAGGUUCUGGUGGUGGAUCAGCUCAGUAUGAGGAUGCUGUCGUCCUGCUGCAAGAUGACGGACAUCAUGACAGAAGGGAUAACCAUCGUCGAAGACAUCAAUAAACGAAGGGAGCCGCUGCCGAGUCUGGAAGCCGUGUAUCUCAUCACCCCCUCUGAAAAGUCUGUGCACACGCUCAUCGCAGACUUCAAGGACCCGCCCUCUACGAAGUACAAAGGGGCCCACGUGUUCUUCACUGACUCCUGCCCGGACCCCCUGUUCAACGAGCUGGUGAAGUCUCGCGCAUCAAAGACCAUAAAGACCCUCACAGAGAUCAAUAUAGCCUUCCUUCCGUACGAGUCACAGGUGUACUCUCUGGACAACCCAGACGCGUUCCAGGACUUCUACAGCCCCCACAAGACCCAGCUGAGGAACCCGUUGAUGGAGCGACUCGCUGAGCAGAUCGCCACCCUCUGUGCCACCCUGAAGGAGUACCCAGCCGUGCGAUAUCGGGGGGAUUACAAAGACAGCGCCACACUGGCUCAGCUGGUCCAGGAUAAGCUGGAUGCCUACAAGGCUGACGACCCCACCAUGGGGGAGGGUCCAGACAAGGCUCGCUCCCAGCUUGUGAUCCUGGACAGAGCCUUCGACCCGGCCUCCCCGGUGCUGCACGAGCUCACCUUCCAGGCAAUGAGUUACGACCUCUUGCCCAUCGAGAACGACGUCUACAAGUACGAGACGAGCGGCAUGGGGGACUCGCGGGAGAAGGAGGUCCUGCUGGACGAGGACGAUGACCUGUGGAUGACGCUACGACACAAACACAUCGCCGAGGUCUCCCAGGAAGUGACCCGCUCGCUGAAAGAGUUCUCAGCCAGUAAGAGGAUGAACACUGCUGGAGAAAAGACUACCAUGAGGGACCUGUCUCAGAUGCUGAAGAAGAUGCCGCAGUAUCAGAAGGAGCUCAGCAAGUACUCGACUCACCUGCACCUGGCUGAGGACUGCAUGAAGCACUACCAAGGGACUGUGGACAAGCUGUGCCGCGUGGAGCAGGACCUGGCGAUGGGCACGGACGCGGAGGGAGAGAAGAUCAAGGACCCCAUGAGGGCCAUCGUGCCAAUCCUCCUGGACGCCAACGUCUCCACCUACGACAAGAUCCGCAUCAUCCUGCUCUACAUCUUCCUCAAGAACGGAAUCACGGAGGAGAAUUUGAACAAGCUGAUCCAGCACGCGCAGAUCCCCCCGGAGGAUAGUGAGAUCAUCACCAACAUGGCACACCUUGGGAUACCCAUCGUCACCGACUCGACGCUACGGCGCCGGAACAAACCUGACCGCAAGGAGCGCAUCAGCGAGCAGACCUACCAGCUCUCCCGCUGGACACCGGUGGUCAAGGACAUCAUGGAGGAUGCCAUUGAGGACAAGCUGGACACGAAGCACUACCCUUACAUCUCCACCCGCUCCUCUGCCUCCUUCAGCACCACUGCUGUCAGUGCUCGCUAUGGACACUGGCACAAGAACAAGACUCCCGGGGAGUACCGGACCGGGCCGCGUGUCAUCGUCUUCAUCAUCGGGGGCGUGUCCUUCAGCGAGAUGCGCUGCGCCUACGAGGUCACGCAGGCCAACGGGAAGUGGGAGGCCGUCAUCGCUUAA